UAAUUAGGUCUCAUUUCCACAUAGAGCUUGUUAGGAAUGUAGUUCUUUCCGGAAACAUAUAUACAGCUAUGUUCAAGCACUUCUAGAGAAAUCCAGGGACGAAUUACAUUAAAACUUAUGUUUUGACAAUACAGGAGCUUACUUUAACAGUGGUUAUUCACUACCAUAAGACGUGGUUGCAUUUCCGAAUAAGACCCCCGAUCUGACUCGGGUUUAACGACUGUUCAGAAAUUAUUAGUAUCUGGUUGGGAACGUACGUGUUGUACUAGUUUGUAGGAAGAAAAACACCUGAAUGUUUUAUUCUCACAAAGAAAAACUUAAUACAACUAAGGCUUCCAAACAUGCUGUCAACAAAAAUUAUUACAACUCUUUUCUUUCUUCUACUAGUACCAUUAAUGACUGAUGGAAAGCGACCUGAUCGUACCAACUCUGACCAUCUGAAACAACUGGAGCAGCGAGGGAGAAGAGAACAAAUAAAGGUAACAAUAUCAGACAAAGAGAUAUUCAGCCAUUGGUCCAAAUGGUCACGGUGCUCCCGAAAAUGUAAGAAGGUGCGCAAGCGCAUAUGUCUCUUUCCAUUAGAAUGUGAAGAUCGAGUUUUAAAAGACGUAAAACCUUGUGGAGGGCAUCUCUGUAAAGAUAAUACACUUGUGAAUAAAGAAUCCCAAAGCAGAGAAGCUUUAUAUUCUCAAUGGUCAGAAUGGUCACCUUGUACCCGUUCCUGCAAAACUCGUCGAUAUCGUACCUGCUAUAUGUGCAAAAGUAGUGUGGAGAAGGAGGAAAAGUUGUGCUCUGUAAAAGGCUCUGCCUGUGAGAAACUGUAUCAGGAAACGAGAAAAAAUGGUAGAAAACGAAAAUCUAAAAAGAACAAGAAGGAGAUUCGAAAAGGAAAAGAAACAACAUACACAAUGAAUAACCGGAAAUGUGGAGUUUCAGCUAAAAAAUUUCCUGAUUUGCGCAUUAUCGGUGGUCAUGAGGCUCAGAAAGGUCGUUGGCCUUGGCAGGUUGUAGUGAUGAACCGCUUCCAUGAGCCUUUCUGUGGGGGAACGGUAGUGGCUUCACAGUGGAUCCUAACCGCAGCGCACUGUGUUCGGAGACGUUUAUACAUACGAGCAGGAGAGCACGAUGUCAUGGAUGAAGAUGGGUCAGAGCAAGAAGUCCGUGUUGCCGACUCGUUUGUACAUCCCAAUUAUGACUCUGAAACAGUUGACAGUGACGUGGCUUUGUUGAAGCUACGUCACUCUUUGUCAAUGAAUGUCGACGUCUGGCCAGUCUGUCUGCCCAGUCAAGAGGCUGAACUUUCUGUACGGACAUUAGUUACGAUUUUAGGCUGGGGUAAGUCAUAUAAGUUGGACAUGUUGGGCAUGGAUGUGUUACACGAAGCUCGGGUACCCAUAGCUAAUGUACAGGACUGCCAACAGGUGUAUGAUGACCACAACAUCAGUGACAACAUGAUUUGUGCAGGCUAUAAGAGGGGUCGCGUGGACUCGUGCGAUGGUGACAGUGGCGGUCCCUUGUUGUAUCAAGUCAAUGGAAGAUGGGAAGUCCACGGUGUCAUUAGCUUUGGACAAGGGUGUGGUGAAAAAAGAAAGUACGGUGUUUACGCCAAAGUGUCAAAAUUUGUGAAAUGGAUCAAGGAAACAAUAGAACUUAAUUCAUAGUACUGUAAAAGAGAUAUCUACAAUGUUAGCAUAAAUGAUACCGUUUCGGUAAAUUUUAGGAAAUAUUAGCUUUAACAUACGUGUUCUAGUUUUGAAGAGACCAGUUAGAUAAUAUUUUAAAUCAGUUUAAACAAAGCUGAUUUUAAAGUAAUGACAACAGAAGGUAAUUUCUCAUACCGCAAUGGAUUUUAUCAACAGAUGCAAAGGUAUAAAGGUUUAUAUGUUACAAAAGUUGUUACAAAUGAAAUAAUGAAGUAUCUGAAACAUGAAAUAAAAAAAAUGUUAUGAA